AUGACUUGGCUUGUAAGUUCCCCAACAAAACCUUUUCCUCCAGCAGGCCUGCGGAGAACAAAUUUACCCGGAACCCAUUUUUCACCUUACGGAUCUGAGGGAUGAUGAUGAUGAUGAUGAUGAUGAUGAUGAUGAUGAUGAUGAUGAUGAUGAUGAUGAUGAUGAUGAUGAUGAUGAUGAUGAUGCACUCUCGCUCGCGCCACUGGCAGCUGCUGGGCUCCGUUCUCGUUUGGAGGCGUAAUUAACGUGGCGUACACUUGACUAAAGCGAGUAGCGGUGUCGACUGCUGGAUAGACCAUCAUCAUGUCGUCUCCCAGAUGAGGCUUCAGUCGCAAUCACACGAGUGCCCGCAAGGACAACGAACAUCAAAUAAGUUAAACGCUAUGCGAUUAGAUACUUCUGUCCACCGAUUAAAUUUUGGGGUGGGGUUGGGGCGUAACCAACCCUCCCUCGAAAUUUGCGAUGACCCCAUUGUUACUUAAUUUCAUUGGAUAGCUCCGAGUGUUAUGACUGAGUUUUGUGCGAGUUCUGUCGUGGUAUGUGAGGCAGUCUAGAAUGCGUUGCUAAAGGGUGGGCGAGGAAUUAACUUCCUCGUAGACUUUCACUGAAAUACUGCCCUCAAAAUUUGGAAUUUUUACCGUUCGUCCCGUUCUUAUUUAACUCAAAGUUCGUUCUCCUCUAAAUAACUGUUGAAACUACAACUCGCAAGACUAUGCGUACCAUGAGACAUCUUUGGUACCUCAGAUGACUUUCCGCACCAGGCCUUGAAAAUGCCAUACGAUGAGGCAAGAGGUGUCACUGACGCGUGUCCUCGAAAUGCUGCCUUUAUUGAAGGCCAUGUGGUAAAUUUUCUGCUUCUAACGUCCGUAUCACGGGUAUCAAACGAAAUCCUCUUUGUAUAAAUUGACCACAUUUCGAAUGAUAUAAAGUGGAAAGUCAUAUCGAUUUUGUGUGACAUGAUCUUGCUACACAUAACUGAUUUCCAGGUUUCAUAUAACAGUAUUUCUUGGAGGAUGUUUAAUGAAAAUAUCUAUAGACUAAUUUUCGAUUGUUGAGGUGCUUGAACUGUUUUAUAUGCUCGGUUAUUUGCAUGGAAAGCAUUAUAUGUUUCUGAAAUUUGAGCCUUCUCUUAUGACAGGAAUAUUCGCGUAUCCGAUAUUUCUGCGUUUUCUGCAAAAGACUCUUUCUAAUCAACAAAAUAAUAUUUGUGCUACUUAUUUUGCCUUUUUAUUUAGCUGGAUACCCUUCCUUUAUGGUCUGGCGUUUUGGCAGCUACGUUCAAACGGGUUUUAAGUUGGCCACUGAUUUACCGCUGACUUAUCCUUAUAACAAGACACCGCGAUUCGAGCUCAAAUUUUUGCCGUGUAGUCGAACGGGCUGAUUGGCUGGUUGGCAAGUGCGCAGAGCUCACGUUAUUAAGGACAUAAACGACUGCAUGCAUUACGACAAGCCGAUUGAUCUGACGGGGGAAUCGAAUUUGCACGCGUACUCCCGGGGAUCAGUGCCUGCUCUAUCACACCUCUAUGCGCAGUCUCAACCGUUGUCUUUCGCUUUGUCCCUUGUUCCGCCUUUUGUUUUCCGUCCCUUUUUCAGAGUGUGUAAGAGCGUAUCGGGUGUCGAGGUGUCUAUUUUUGACUUCCACGUCAAGGUCGUGGCAAGUCUCCUCAUUUAUCUCGUGCAGAUGACGGCUACUCCUAAAGUCCCCUUACUGGCACCCCAUUCUCAGCUGUGGCUCCUAGAAGCAAGGUUCCACCUAGUGGCCACACUUCGAUAACCACCUCCACUGGUGGGAUAUAUCAACUGAGGGUGUCCGCUGCUGCGUAUGUCUCCCCACAAUUACUCCGCUUCAUUCUCCUCCUCUCCUUCCCCCCAGUCCUUCCUUCUAUCCCAUGCCCACCCUGUCCUUCCUCUAGUUUCCCUUUCCACUUCUAAGGUCCCGCGGAGAGGGCGACAUGCGAUACUGUAGGCGGCCCAGAUUAUCUCUGGUCGCCAUCCCACUAAAUCAAACCAUGAGCAUAUGAUGGAGUUUGACAGCCGUCUGGGUUAUUUAAGCAAUCCUAGUUGUGCAUAGCGCUUACGAACUGGCAGGGGUAGGUCCAGAAGAUGUGUCUCGAACGAAUGCUGGAACUAAGUUAUCUGCACGCAGGCCAUAACUUGCAGACGGACAACUUACGUUCAAAACAAAAACAGCAGGCCACAUCACCAACCCUCUCACCAACCCAGAGGCUGCUAAAGAGUGUCAAAUCCAUUUGGCAGCCUGGAAUGUUCGUCUCCUGAGGACCAGUCAGCCGGAAAGGAGGACGGCGCUAGUCGUUCGAGAACCAGCGCACUACAAGGUGGACAUCGGUGGAAAUCCGGUUCUCCGAAUAAGGCUGUCAAGAGGAGGUGGAUGCCGAUUACACCUUCUGGAGCGGCCGCCCAAAGAAAGCGGAACGUGACGCAGACGUCGCCUCUGCCAUUCGCAACGACAAUGUGGGACGACUGUCCUGCCUGUCAUAUGGCGUCAACAGCCGCUUUAUGAGUCUACACCUGCCGCUUGGGGAGCCAAAUUCGCCACCACUGUCAGUGUCUAAGACACCAACGACUAGCUAUGACGAUACAAAGAUCAAGUUUUACGAAGGCUUGCACAUUCUCCUGACAAGUGAGUCGAGGGUUUACAGGUUGGUUGUCCUUAGUGACUCCAAUGUCCGCGUCGGGACAGCCUGCGCUCCCGGAGGGGAGUGCUGGGGCCAGCGGAAAAGCUUCCGCAACAACAUCGGCCUCCUUCCCCUUACGAACAUGCGCAAAACAUUGCCUUCCCUGACAAAGGCCCUUUUCCGCUAGCCGACGCGGAAGAAGGUGACAUGGAUGCUCUUGGUCGCGGGCUGCCAGCUCCUGUAUUACGUUCUUAUUCGGACGUGCUGGUGACCAAGGUUGCCUGCGAAGUCGACGGCUGGACGGAUCGCUGCCUCGUCGUCUCUAAGACGAAAAUUCGGUUGCAACCUCUCAAGAGGCCAUAAGUUUGACGACAAUUUGUGGAUUUGAACAUUGUCCUACCUUACUCACCUGCUUGCAGCUUGUAUUUCGGCAAUCAGUUUGCCCAACGCCUGGAGCAGCUCUCAGCGCUGGUCGAUAACGCCUCGGUGCUGUCAACUGCGGAAUGAUAUUCACUCGAACUGCUUGGAUGUCCUCGGAAGCGCAUGUCGUCAGCACCAGGACUUGUUCGACAACAAUGUCGCAGACAUCCUCCAACUGGCCAUUGAAAAGCACAGGCUGCACAAGCCCCGCAUGAACUAUCAGACAAGCGUCAACGAGGCGGCCUUCUUCCGCUAUCGUCGCAACGUUCAGUAG